GCGGCAGUCGUCGUAGCGUUCAGUUCUGCUUUUCCAGCGGCAUUACAGUCAGUUGUGCUUUGGCUGGCGGUCGCGAAAGUUGGAAGCUAACGCGAUAUUGCCUUUUGGCCGCUUUAAAACAUCGAGUAACGUCGGUUCGGUUCGGUUCGGUUUGAUUCGCCAAAUAACGUAACGUAACGUAAACACUUUGUUUUGGUGGGGGCGGCUCGUUUGGCGCAUUUUCCGUGAGUUAUUAAAAUGCGAUAAAAGCCAGUGAAUCGGUAUUUGCUCUAACGCCUCAUAAUAAACCCAUGUAAAAAGGCACUGGGAACCACUGGGACUUAAAGAAUAGAGUAUUUAUUUAGCACAGCGACUGCAACGCUACGAACUGAAAGCCAUUACUUGUUGGUUUCUCCAAGUGCAUUAAAUAAGAACCGAAACGAAUCAUAAAUUCAAAUAAAUCAAAGAUAAAUCGAAGCGAAAAAUCAAAAGAGCGCGUCGAAAAUGUUGACCUGCGUGUGUCGACCCGUCUCCGGCAAUCUGCCCAAGAUGCCGCCCGCCUCGCUGAUGCCCGCCCACCGGGCAUCCUCAUCCUCCACAUCGUCCUCAUCAUCGACAGCCUCCCUGGCCUUUGUCAGCCCCACGCGAGGAGUGGUCGUGACCUCCGAGCCCAAGCUGAACGUGCCCAGCAGGCUGACGUCAGCCGAACUGAGGGCGAUGGCAUUGAGACAGCAGCAGCAAAUCGACAGCCAGCACCAGCUGCUGGCCACCAAGGAGCAGCGCCUGCGCUUCCUCAAGUCGCAGGAGGUGCGCAGCGCAGUGGCCAGCGCGGAGGGCGAGCGGCUCCGGCGGCUGCGGGAGCGGGUGGAGGCACAGGAGUCCAAGCUGCGCCGCCUGCGAGCGCUGCGGGGUCAAGUGGAUCUGCAGAAGACCUACAAUGUCACACUGAGCAAUGACUUGGACUCGAUUCGAGCACUGUUUAGCGAGAAGGAGAAGGAGCUCAGCCUGGCCGUGGCCAAGGUGGAGGCAUUGACUCGGCAACUGGAGGAGCUGCGACGUGACCGACGAUGUCCUGUGAAUAUCCUGGCAGCAGCUGGCAACGGAGUGGGUCAGCCGCUGCCUCCUCAGGCAUCCCGCGAACUGGAGAAGCUGCGUCGUGAACUGAUGUACCGCAAUCAGUUGUCGCUUCAGCAGGAUGCACGCUUGCAUAUGCAACGUGAGGCACUGCAGCAAAGGCAGGCGGAGCUGCGGUCGGUGGACCAGCGCAUCUACGAGCUGCAGACGCGCCUGCAGCGCAAAAAGCAGGCCAACACCCAUCACCAGCAGCAACAGCAGCAGCAGCAGCACCAACAACAUCAGCAGCAGCAACAACAGUCAACAGUGCAACAACAGCAGCAGCAGCAGCAACUCCAUGUGCAGUCUGCACAAUUGCUGGCGGCAGCAGCAGCAGCAACUGCCCAGCAGCAACAGCAGCACCAACACCAACAUCAGCAUCAGCAGCAGCAGCAGCAACAGCAGCAGCAGCAAAGUGCCAGCAAUCUGGGUAAACAUGGUGGGGUAGCCGCCCUGAAGCAGCAACUGCUGCAGAAGCAGGUCAAUCAACUGGCAGCUGCUGCUGCCGCCGCCGCCGCAGGACGAGCCCGGGGCAACGUGGCGGCCGUGGAGCCCUUCAUCCACACGCCCCAAAAGUCCACCAUCACGAGCACGGCCAGCUACCUGAGUGGCGGGAUGAAGCAUGCAGCGGCCACGGCCAAUACCAACCAGCAGAAUCAGCUCAUUCAGGACUUGACGCACGUGAAGCUGGGACAAAACAGUGGUUUCUUUGCCGGCUCCGUGCCCGUGCCCGUGGCCAGUUCCAGCUGCGAAAGCGAUGAAUCCAAGUUGGCCAAGAAGCUGCUGGCGGCUCCUGCCAAAACGGAGGCUGAAAUGCGCAAGCAGGCGCAAACGGAGGCCAUGGAUAGCACCACACAUAUCUACGCGGAGGUGGGACCCAAGAAACGAGAUCGAGAAGCGGCGGCGGCAGCAGCAGCAGCAGCUGCAGCAGCAGCAGCCCAGGCAGCAGCAGAGGCAGCAAAUCAGGCCGCAACUGCAGCAGCAUCCACAACAUCUCCACCCGCCUCUGCAAAUACCAGCAAAAUACCCAAAAGCACCUCCUCGAGCAACAGCAGCAGUUCGGCCUCGGCACUGAUAAGCAAACUCAACCAGCAAGCGACGGCGAAGGAGAGCCAGGAUCAGCAGCAAUCCCAAGCCAAGAAGAACGAGAUUUCGGUGACCAGCGAAACCCUUUCCGAGCGCAACACCCAGCAGCAACUUACCGUGCACAGCAUGCCCUUGGGGGCCAUAAGCAAAUCAGUAGCCCUCGCCGUUUCCAAUGCCUCCAAGCCGCUCCAGGUGCAGGUGAGCAACCUGGCCGUGCCGCCACGCAAGCCCAUCAGCAGUGUGGCGCCCACUUCGGUGUCCAGCGGCAGCUCCAUACCCAAAAUGAUCACCUACAGUCCCAAGGUGAAUCGCGUGGCGCCCAAUGUGGUGAUGACGGCGGAUCCCCGACCAGCUCUGCCGCCCAAGCCCAGCAAGAUGUCGCCCACAGAGCAGCCAUCGCCAGUGGAGGCCAAUACGACAGGAUCCACGGGCGGAGCGGGAAGUGGUGGAGCGUCGGCAUCGACUGCAAACAAGACACAAACGGCCACCUUCGGGCUGCAAUCCCUGAACAUCAACGACAAUUUGCCCAUCAAGGCGAAGCCACUGACCAUCCGCAAGCAACCGCUGUUCGAGCAACCUCGCCUCAAGUCCAGCCAAGCCAGUUCCAAUGGCCAACAAAAGCCACCUCUGCUGCAGUUGCAAAACCAGCGGAAAUCCGAGCCUUCACUUAGACAGCCAACGGAAAACUUGGCGGACACAUCGCCCCAGCAUUCCCCAAGCAGCGAGUCCAGCGCGGACGAAACGGACCGAAUGGUGGCCCCCAGUAUCCUGAGCAGUCAACAGGAGACAUCAACAUCCGCAUCAGCCACCACGACAACCGCGACGACCAGCAACAUCAAGGAGCGAACGGGCAACGGAAAGCCCAAGCUGGGGAGAAGGGUGAGCUUUGAUCCCCUGGCCCUUCUGCUGGACGCCAGUCUGGAGGGAGAACUGGAACUGGUCAAGAAGACGGCCAUGCAAGUGGCCAAUCCCAGUGCUGCCAACGAUGAGGGGAUUACAGCGCUCCACAAUGCCAUCUGUGCCGGCCACUUUGACAUUGUCAAAUUCCUCGUCGAGUUUGGCUGCGAUGUGAAUGCCCAGGACUCGGAUGGCUGGACGCCAUUGCAUUGCGCCGCCAGUUGCAAUAAUCUAUCCAUGGUCAAGUUCCUGGUGGAGAGCGGCGCCUGCCUGUUUGCCUCCACAUUGUCGGAUCACGAGACGCCGGCGGAAAAGUGCGAGGAGGAUGAGGAAGGAUUCGAUGGCUGCUCCGAGUAUUUAUACAGCAUCCAGGAGAAGCUGGGCAUCCUGCACAAUGGCGACGUCUACGCGGUGUUCUCCUACGAGGCCCAGAAUGGAGACGAGCUCUCCUUCCACGUCAAUGAGCCACUGAUCGUGCUGCGCAAGGGCGACGAUGCCGAGAACGAGUGGUGGUGGGCCCGGAAUGCCGCCGGCGAGGAGGGCUACGUGCCCCGCAAUCUCCUGGGGCUGUACCCCCGUGUGCCGCCGCAUUCGCCGCACUUCAGCGAUUAGCAGUUAAUACGCUUCACCAUACUGAAGCGCAAGGCCGGCCGACUCAUCCAGAAGCGCUAUAUAUCCAAGUACAUCUAGGGACCCAGCCAUCUAGCCGAUUCUGGGCACGUGCCACCACCACCGCAGGAGUCAUCGGGGAAUUAUUUAUCACGGCCCCAUGUUUCUUUAUGUUUACUUUUUGUUUGGGAAAAGCAACACAAAAGGACGAGGAGGGCGGAGCAGAACGAGGCUCACCAUAUGCUCAUCCAUAUGGAAUGGAACCGACUGCAGCAGCAGGAACAGCAGCAGCAGCAGCAGCUUCCGCCUGAGUCAUUUAUCCCGACGACUGCCCUCAAUUAGCCAGGCUUUCGCACAAAGUUCAGCACACCAACACACAUAUCAGCCACAUAUCAGCCACACAACACCACAUACCACCCACGAGCAUACCGCCCACCACCCCCUGCAUACGUACAACCGCAAAUUGAAUUUCACUUAAGCUCCUUAGCUUUAAGGCCUAGACUAAUAACUCAUAUCAGCCGCCUGCUCGCCACAAAAACUUCACCUUCAAGUCUCUGCAGAAAAAGUUCUGAUUGAAAGUGGAAUACGGAAAAUUAGAAAUUUAAAAUUCCUCAAAGGCUGCACACGCACACAGGAUGUUUUAUCUACGGAUAGCCGAAGGAGCAGGAGUUUGUUAAUUGCAUAUAUCAAGUUAGUACUUAAACUUUAAUUGAACUCGAACAAAGUUCACGCUAAUCGAAAGGAAACAUUUUAACACGUAUGCAUAACAAAACUCGCACACACACAAGCAGAAUACAUAACGAAUCGAAUGUGAUUUUUGUAUAAAGACGAGAAUAAUUUAAACAAUUUGUAUCGAAUAUGGAAAUGUAAAUUACAUUAGGCGCAGAUUCGUUGACAAGUAAUCGCAUUAUAGGCUAAACGUUAUAAUUUAACUUAAUCUAAUUACACCUAAUAUACCGAUUGCUUAAUACUUAGUGUUUAAUGACCAAAACACAUUGAAAUGCAAAUACGUUUGAAUGAAAGAAAGAAAUAAAACGA